CGGCGCGCGGAGCCAGAGGCGGCCGGGCGGCUCCAUGAGCGGCCCCUGCCCGCAGAGAGCGCCCACAGCCCAGCCGGAGCCCUUCCGCCGCCGGGCGUCAGGACGGCGGUCAGUCUGGAGGUUUUGAUGCAUAUGAUCACAACCACCAUGAUUUUUAUGAUUCUGGGUGCCUCCGUUGUAAUGGCGAUAGCCUGCUUGAUGGACAUGAACGCGCUGCUGGACCGCUUCCACAACUACAUCCUACCGCACCUACGGGGGGAGGACCGCGUCUGCCACUGCAACUGUGGAAGGCAUCAUGUCCACUAUGUAAUCCCAUAUGAUGGGGACCAUUCCCUGGUGGACUCUUCGGAGAACUACUUUGUGAGUGACAGCGUGACCAAGCAGGAGAUGGACUUGAUGCUGGGGCUGCUGUUGGGCUUCUGCAUCAGCUGGCUGCUGCUGUGGCUGGACGGGGUUCUGCACUGCGCCGUCCGGGCCUGGAGGGCGAGCCGCUACUACGAUACUCCGUCCUGGUCGUGGCUGCCACAGUUCUGCAACCUUCGAGACCUCCGGCGCCGAGCCCAGCUCAGGCAGCUGGAGGAGUCCAGUGGAAACAUGGUCCACAUCAAGCAGAAGCUGUACCACAACGGCCACCCCAGCCCUCGGCACCUCUGACUGAGACGCAGCCCAGAGCCACCAGGCUUACCUUCCAUCUCUUCUCCCACCAACAGCCCCUUCCUUCCAAACGUUGCCUCGGAAGCCCUGGAAAACUGCCCUCCCACCUCCCCGACAUGCCCCCAUCCUCUGACAGGAUGCUAAACGUCCCACAGAGGGCUUUAACUCGACUGAUUUCAAUCCAGCAACGUGGAAGGAAGACGGAGAAGAGCAUUUUUAGGGGAGUUUUUCUGUAAAAAGACAUUUUCUGUGUUCAUUGUUAAACUCGGCAUGCUCUUCUAGAACAGGGUAAGACGGGGGGGGGGGUCUUUUCCUUUUUCUCUCCCU